AUGUAAUUUAAUUAAAUAGAUGACUCUCUUUACAAAAAAUAUAUAAGAGAAGGUUAUUCUGAUUCUGAAAUCUAAAAUGCAUGGAAAAAAUCAUAAGGAAAUAUUUAUCAUUUAGAUCAAUGGUUAAAAGAAAUGAAAAAUGAAUCAUAUAUAAUAAAUUAAUCUUCACCAUUAUGUAAUGAUUAUAACUUUUAAAUGACAAAUACUGUAUCAUUAAUAAUACAUUAACAAUAAGUUUUACCUAUCAAUAUUAGAGAAUAUAAAAUUCCAUGUGGUUUAUUGAAUUUAGGAAAUACUUGUUAUUUUAAUUCUCUUCUCUAAAGUUAUUAUGCGAUUUAUGAUUUUGUAUCUUAAAUUAUGAAAUGCAAAUUUGAUCAUAUCAAUAUUAACAAUAUUGUUGAUAAGAAAAUUCAAAAUUCUAUUAAACUUUUAUAGCAUUUACAGAAUCUUUUUGUUCUUAUGAUAGGAAGUGAUAGAUAAUUUAUUAAUCCAAAAGAAGUUAUUCUUUCUAUAUAUGAUGAUUUUGGUAACUAAAUGACUAUUGGAGAUUAAAAAGAUGUUUGUGAAUUUAACCAUUAUUUUCUAUCAAGAAUUGAUGAAGGUCUUACAUAUUUAACACAAUAACUAUAAAAUAAUAAUAAUUUUUAAAGUCAGUCGUAAGUAUUUAUACAACAUUUAUACAUCCCAUCAUUAUUUUAAUUUCCAAUCAAUUAAUAAUAUUAGAAUUAUAGCUUUAUUUCAGAUAAUUCUAUUAUUAAUAAUUUAUUUUAUGGUAAAUUAUCUCCUUAGAUACUUAUUUAAGGUAUUCCUAUUAAAAAUUGUUAACAAGAAAUAUUUAAUAUAAUCUAAAUUGAUGUAAAUCAUAGAAUUUUAAUAGAAGCUUUAGAUAAAUAUAUGAAUUAAACUAUUGAAUAUAGACAUGAUAAUAAUCAAUAUCAAUAAGCUAUCAAAUAAUUUUGGAUAUAAUAAGCUCCAUAAAUUCUCACUUUUUAAAUUUAAAGAGUAGAAUUCCAUAAAGAAUUUGGUAACUAUCGUUUUAAGCUUUAGGUACCUUUUCUAAAAUCAAUUAUUCCUUUAAUUUUGAAAAAGAAUUAUUUUUAGAUCGUUAUUUGUUAUCUAAUUAAGAAACAGCGAGAAAAAUAUAAACUUAAAAUUAAUAAAGGAAAGAUGAAUUAAAUUAAAUUAAUAAAAAAUUAGAGUAAUUAAAUUAAUUUAAUGGUAAUAUUGAAAUCAUUAAAACGCUUGAACCUAAAUUACAAUAUUUUAAUACACAAACUUUUAUUGAAAAAAAUCAUCCUUUUUAUGUUAAAUUUAAUGAAAAUUCAGAAGAAGUAGUUAGAUUACAAGAAAAAAAAAAAUAAAUUGAUUUAAAUAUAUCAAAUAGCUAUAAUUAAUUAAAAAAAUAAAAGUAUGUUUUAUAAUCAAUUUUAAUGCAUGAUGGUAGUUAUUAUGCUGGCCAUUAUUUUGCCUACAUUUAUAAUUUUGAUGAAUAAAAAUGGUAUUAUUUUAAUGAUAUUAUUGUUCAUGAAGAAACAGAAGAAAAUGUAUUAAAAUUUGCUUUUGGUGAUUAAACUAAUUGUAAAAGUGCUUAUUUAAUAUAGUAUAUUUAAGAAGAUACACUUAAAUAAGGUUAAAAUAAUAUGAAGAUAUUUAGUAAUGGUUAAAAUUAAAAUUAUUUAAAGGAAUAAUAUGGAUUAUUACUUUCAUAAAAAUAAAAAGAUUUUUUAUAAUAGGAUAAUUAAAAGUUUAAAAAAGAAUAGUAAUAAUAAUAAUAAUAAUAAUAAUUAAAUAAUCAGAUUAUAACAGUAAUUUAAUUAUACAAUUAAUAUUUAAAUAUGGGAAAUGAAAAAUAAAGAUAAUAUUAAAUGAAAACCUAUUUGGUAAUUCCAUAAAUGCCACCUUACUUCUCGAAUUUUGCCAUGUAUUUAAAAAUUAAAUCUAAUGAAUAAAUGUUUAAAUGGGUAAUAUUAGACGAAGCAAUAAAAAAAGUUAUGUCUUAAUUUAAUGGAUUAUUUGAAUAACCGAAAAUUGAUGAAAAAAUAAAGAAUUAGAUUUUAGAUGAAAUGCUGUAUGAUAAACCAUCAAGUUUUCCUACAAAUUAAGAACGCUAAGCUUCAAUAGAAGAAUACAAAAAUGACAUUAAACAAUAGUCUAUAAUUGCAUAUAUUUUAUAAUAAUACAAUGAUAAUAAAUUGAUCAAAACAUUAUAAGCUUUGCAUAAAUUUAUGAAACUAGCAAAAUAACUAAAUUAAUAAUCCUAUUUUUAUAAUAUGGCAAUAAAAUUAAAGUAAUAUAUUUAAAUAGGGAUUGUAUGCAAAAUUUGGUAAAAUAAAAUUAUUAAUGAUGAAGAAAAAAUAGUUUUAAAGCUUUUAGUUGCAUUCUAAAUGCAAGAACAUUUUCAAUAAAAAGAAUCAAAAUUAUGGAGGAAGCAAUUGGAAAAUUUAAUUAGUUCUGCAAUAAAUAAAUAUAGUUAGAAUGAAGAGUUAAAUUAAGAAGUAUUGAAACCACUCAUAUAAAAUAUAAAAGAUUUUGAAAUUUGUUCCAAAUUAGAUUCAUCUCCUUAAGUAAAAAUAUAUACUCUAUUAGGAUUUUGAUUAAUAUAUUGAAGAGUAAUAGAAAUUAUAUUUAGAGAAACGAUUUGAAAAUAAUCUUGAAGACUCUCUGCUUGACACUUUAAUGUCGAAUUUAUAAAAAUUCUUUGAAAUAAGAGUAAUUAAUUUUAAUAAUAUUUUUAGAGUAUUAAAUUAUUAAUUGAAAAUAUUGAUAAAUCAACUUCAAUUUUAGAUAAAAAUACGAUUUAAAAGAUAUUUUAAGAAUAUGCUCAGAUAAAAUGA